AUGAUUGGCAUGUCACAGACCAUUGGCCAACCUGGUGAAGUUUCUUGGCUGAUUGCGUGCCAAACUAUUGGGCAACGCCAUAGCGCUUUUUUACACAAGUUCUUCGACGAUACGACGAGGUUGAAUUUGAGUCGGAGACAGCCGCUUGCACGCUCUGUUGCUAGGAUAUUCCUCGUCUUUGCUGUAUCCUUUCUGACCUCGGUUCUAUUGGAGUCAAGAGACAAUGAUGGUCGCGAAUAUCCCAGCCUCGGCGUUAUGUACAUAGUAAUUGUUGUGUUGGUGGAACUAGUCACGUAUUGCAAGACCCCAGCUUCCUGUGAGUGA